AUGCCGGGACAACCAAAUAAGAAGCAGAAGAGAGAAGAGUACCGCAACACGCUCAAUGAGAAAAAUGAAGAAGGCGCCAUGGGAGAGCUUCCCAAGAAGAAGUUUUACCGGCAACGAGCGCACGCAAACCCUUUCUCGGACCACUCUCUAGAAUACCCGGCGGAGCCUGGUUUGAUGUACUGGGCAAGUCUGUACCCGGCUUUUGCGGUGGAUGAGGAAAUGAAAGAUGCGCCCGCGCAAGCGGAAGAGCAAGAGCAAGGAGAGAAAGCGGUGGCUCGGCGCAAGACCUCCAAGCAGGUUGAGAUCGCUGACAUUGGAUGUGGCUUUGGUGGGCUUCUGUUUGCGCUUGCACCGCGCUUCCCAGAUACGCUGCUGCUAGGCAUGGAAAUCCGCACAUCGGUCACAGAAUUCGUGCAAGAGAAAGCGCGCGCGCUGCGCAACCAAAACGCCAGCUCGGGGCUGUAUCAGAACGUGGCGUGCCUGCGGGCAAACAGCAUGAAGUUCCUGCCCAACUUCUUCGUCAAGGGUCAGCUGUCCAAGAUCUUCCUCUGCUUUCCGGACCCGCACUUCAAGGCGCGCAAGCACAAGGCGCGCAUCGUCUCGACGACGCUGAACUCCGAGUACGCAUACGUGCUCCGCCCCGGCGGCAUCGUGUACACGAUCACGGAUGUCGAGGAUCUGCACAACUGGAUGGUCGAGCAUUUCACUAACCACCCGAGCUUCGAGCGCAUUCCGGACGAGGAACUCGAGAGCGACGAGUGUGUUUCGGUUAUGAUGACGGAGACGGAGGAGGGUAAGAAGGUCACGAGGAACGGUGGAAAGAAAUUUGUGGCAUGCUUCAGGCGGCCUGAGGACCCGCCAUGGCCUUGA